AUGGAUCCGGAGGAUAUUCAAAUUAUUUUGAGUUUGCCUAUUAGCAAAUCUCUUAGACCAGAUCGAUUGGUGUGGCAUUAUACACAAUCUGGUCGGUACUUGGUUAAGUCAGGUUAUAAGGUAGCUCAAGCUAUGAAGACUGAAAUUGAUUAUGGUCCCAACUUAAAUGACUUGAAGGCAAAGGCUUGGGAUUUUCAGGUACCGCCUAAAAUUAAACUCUUUUUCUGGCAGAUCGCAUCGGGCUCUCUUCCGGUGAUGGUGCGAUUAGCCUCUCGGGGAGUUAAUUGUGAUACGAUUUGGGAGAGGAUUUUUGAUGGCUCAGACACAGACAAGCUCAUGUCUGGUUCGAUUUAUUCAAACUUGGACUUCAUAUAUGGCAAAAGUUUAACCCCUAUGGCUUUAGGCGUUACUCAUAGUUUGAUACCGUGGCUGGUGUGGUUCUUAUGGAAGGAUAGGAAUAAAAAAGUUUUCCAAGAGUUACAAUCAGAGCCAAUAGAUAUCAGUAAUCAGGCUUUACGUGAACAAUUGUGGUGGGAGGAAGCCCAAAUAGCUCCAAGGAUUGAUUCCAAUAUGACGGAUUCCUCGCAUGAUCCGGAGUUAUUAAUUCAUUGUCAAGUUGAUGGUUCGUGGAAAGCUACCGAAACACAUUCAGGUUUAGGAUGGUGGUGUGGUGAUGGUGAGAAUCCAGUGCAUCCCCUCUCCAUUCAGAGCUAG